AUGUACCAGUAUAAUGAAAUACCAAAUGUGACUCAAUCAGCGAAUAACCAAAACAGCAUUAGUAAUAUAACUUCACCAGCAACGAUGAAAACAAACAGCAAUCCAACAACACGAUUAAAAAAAGAAGGCGUUAGUAAAGGAAAAAAAAG